AUGUCGGCGAGCACGAACGGCGAGACUCUCCCCCAAAGUGGAAGUGAAGUGACCGACAAGGGUAAGGGUAAAGGCAAGGCUGUUGAGCAGCCGGACGUGGGGGAAGAAGAAGACGACUCUGAAGAGGAGAGCGCAGCUGAAGAGGUAAAUCCCCAAUACAACGGACGGCAUUUGAUCUGUGCUGAUGUCUUGCUCGCGACAGCAACCCGAAGUUGA